AUGGAGGCUCUGAGCAGAGACAUAGCAGAUCUUUCACACACAGUCAGAGCCACAGAGGACGAGCUGAGAGCUGAAGACGUCUCAUUCCUGCACAACUACAAGGCUGCAGUGGAAAGAGUCCAGCGCUGGCCCCUGAUGGAGGAGCCACAGCUGCCCUCAGGAGCUCUCAUAGACCAGGCCAAACAUCUGGGCAACCUGAGCUUCAACAUCUGGAACAACAUGAAGGACGUGGUCUCCUACACUCCUCUGAUUCUGGACCCAAACACUGCAUAUCCAGAUAUCAUCCUGUCUGAAGAUCUGACCAGUGUGAAAUGUGGAGAUUAUCAGCAGCUUCCUGAUAAUCCAGAGAGGUUUGAUAAUUAUCACUCUGUUCUGGGUUCUGAAGGCUUCAAUUCAGGGACUCACAGCUGGAAUGUUGAUGUUGGAGACAGUACAAUCUGGGGAUUGGGUGUGUUAGAAGAGUCCGUCCCAAAGAAGGGAGUCAUACAGUCUGGACUUUGGAUGAUAUUGUUCUAUGAAGGUAAAUACUCAGCAUAUUCACCACCAUCUCCCUCCACUGGUCUCUCAGUGCAGAAGAAGUUCCAGAGGAUCAGAGUGAAUCUGGACUGUAACAGAGGAAAGUUGUCGUUCUCUGAUCUUGAUACUAAAACACACAUACACACCUUCAAACACACUUUCACCCAGAGGAUGUUUCCGUAUGUUGAAAGUAUGGAAAAAGUCAAGAUGUUACCAGUGAAGGUCUCUGUGACAGUAGAACAGAGCAGUUAAGAGGUAAAGAUUAUAAUACUUGUGUUGUUGUAAAGCUGAAAAAUUUAAUCAAUGAACCUAAUAAUAAACAUUGUCUUUAUGGAGCUCAGUGACGUGGUUCUGGGUGAGUGCAUCAUGUGUGACUGCUCUGCUGAUUAAACAGAAAUUUAAUUUUAACUGAGUCGACCCAGAAGUGGUUAAAACUGUUUAACAAUAAACACCGUCUGGAUUCAUAUGUAUAAAGGAGCCAUUUAAAAGAGUUCAUCAAAAACCAAAUCAUGUAUUUAUAUGUUCAAAUUUGUGCCACUGUGCACCUUACAUAUCAACACUGGUUGAUUGUACCUGAGUCUGCUGGAUGAGAGCUGAUAUAAUAACAAACUGUGUUAACGCCACACAUGUUGUCACGUGUUUCAUUGAACUAUUAGGAUCUGCUGUGAUUGUUCUCAGAGCAAAGUCAGCACAGGUUACUGUCACGUGGAACAUUACUGUACAACACUUUAUUGACUGAGGAGAAAUAAUGUGAGAAAUAAACGUGUUUAAAACGGGCCCAUAAAACUACAUCACUGCAGUGAGAUUCUUAGCUUCCUGAAUCAAGCUGCUUUAGUUGAAACUGCUUUGUUCAAGUCACACUCUGUGUUUUUACAGUCACCUGCUGUUAAAAAUCAUUUUUGUUUUGGCUCUUGAGCUUUUUACAUGUUACAGAAUAACCGAACAUUACUGUCAGACAUUGGCUGCAUUUUUAAAGUACUUUAUCACAGUGCGUUAUGAAAUACACAGUUUACAUGUAUGAAUAAAUGUAAAGUAAUGGAGGCUGCCCUUUAAAAAAACAGGGUCUUUCCUGCAAUGACAUUUGGGAUUCAUUUAUUUUGCUUUGUUUGGGCUCUUCCACAUCAACUCUUGAGUGCUUUGUAACUGUGCACGGGAGAAUCCAGAAAUUACUGGAGGUUUCUGAAUUCCAAAGCGUUUCUAAAUUCUCACUGUGUACUUAGAAACUGCAUACUUUCAUUAUCAAACCUGCAUUCAGUUAUUCAUUGCCUGUUGUGUCAUUGUUUGUUAUUCAUUUGCUAUCAACAGCAGUUAAUAAAUGUUUUGUGUAUGAUUA